AUGUCGGAUUUUCUUAUUUUACUUUCAGAAGUCGAAGAGAUCGAGAAGGCAAUAGAGUCACUGAUACAAGAACUUCAGGACGUUGAACAGGGGAAAGAGGAUUCGGACACUGAAAGUGACGCGAUUACGAAGGAACAGACUGAGGAACAGAACGUCUGGUCGGCCGUUCGCCGUAUCCUGUGGCGUCACCUGGAGCUCCGGUACGGAGACCCCCACAUCCCGCCCGGGGCCCUGAAGAUGCUGAUCCGGGCGGUGGGGGAGGACACCGUGGCGGGGGAGGUCUUACAGACCAUCCUGGAGGCCGCACUGGAGCAGCAGGGGGAGGGAGGCACGGAGCAGCAGGGGGAGGGGGCGNCAU